ACUGACAGGCCCAAUAAACAAUAUGACUGAUCUGUGAUUGAAUGGCUCAUUCUCAUCUCAAAUUAUUUUGUUGUUUAAAAAUUCUUUGAAAAUAUGGUGUAAAUCCGAAUACUUUUUACGACACCUACCCUCCAUUUUCACAUUUUGAGAGUAUCGCAUAUUGCUCGCAGUGAAAAGAUGUCGUCGAGUUCUGUGGAGGAAAUUACGGACCAAUCCAAUGAUCUAUUCACACAAGAUGGUGUACUGCUCAAAGCCUGCAGCGGCCGACCAGUCAAUGAACUCAACUCUAUCGGUAUGCUGUGCAUUGUGCAGAACUCAGAUGGCACUAAGAGCAUUGAGUGGCGGCCAAGUGAUAUAAUCACAGUGUGUGCUGUCCAGGAGCAAGAUUGGGCGCUUGUUAAUGCCAUUGGACGUCGUCAACGAACAUUCAGUGGAAACUUAACAGCGGACUAUGCUACGGCUAGAGCGCGCAUCAUCAGAAUGCCAUUGAAUGAACUUAAAAUCUUCCGUGUCACUAACAGAAACCAACAGAUGAGUUUCUCUAACAAAGUCGGUGUGUGGCAGUCGACAUUCUUCUUCCAACAUGGAAACGCGGAAGUGUUUAUAGCAUAUCUGAAAAGUCAUGUGAAAACGGCCAAAUCGAGCCGUGAUAGGAACACAUAUUUGGUUGUGGAGCCCACAGAUGAGACACGUGCAUUGAAUCGUUCGUUCACCGAAUUGGAUAUAUUUCAAGAGAAUACAACAGACGUGGUCUGGAAUAUAGUGAGCAAUCUUAAGGAGAGACCAUACGAGACUACAAUGGAGGCGUUUUCGAAACUCUCAAGCAUUGGACUGGAUUACAACUCGGGAUCGCAACUUUUGUACUACGGCAAUGAGGCGUCGAGCAAACGCGACGUGUCCGAGGAGGUGGCUGAUUUGCUCACGAAGAGCAUGGUCGCGGCGGAGGAGGCGCACUCGGUGACCAAGAGCGAUGAGUACGAAGUCAUCAGCAUGAAGCCCACGCUGCCACCGAGACCCAGUAUACCCAGAAGCACACCAUUGUCUCAGGAAAAGUGGGAAGGUUUGCAGGACACGUUGGGUCGCGUCACAGAGAUGGAUGGCGUCAAGCAACUCAUCUUUAGAGGGGGAGUAGCACAUUCCAUUAGAAAGCAAGUAUGGAAAUAUCUUCUAGAUUAUUAUCCGUGGCACAUGACCCAUGCUGAGUUGAAGGCCCUCCAGAAGAAGAGAACAGACGAGUAUUACUGUAUGAAGCUGCAGUGGAGGUCGAUGACGGAAGGCCAAGAGAGCAGAUUCACAGAGUACAGGGACAGGAAGAGUUUGGUAGAAAAGGAUGUGAAUAGAACGGACAGGACACACCCGUUCUUUGCCGGUGACAAUAACCCAAACCUGGAGACCUUACAGGACAUACUGAUGACGUAUGUCAUGUACAACUUCGACCUGGGUUACGUACAAGGAAUGAGUGAUAUAUUAGCGCCAUUGCUGUUGCUUAUGGGCAACGAGGUGGAUACUUUUUGGUGUUUUGUUGGAUUCAUGGAGAGGAUCGCAUCGAACUUCGAUAUGGACCAGGCAGGCAUGAAGCACCAGCUACUGCAGUUGCAGCAACUGGUCAUGUUCGCGAGCCCCGAGCUGGCGCAGCACCUCGCGCUCAAGGACUCCGGCAACAUGUACUUCUGCUUCCGGUGGCUACUCGUCUGGUUCAAGCGGGAGUUCUCGCUUAUUGAUAUUAUGAGGCUGUGGGAGGUGCUAUGGACAGGGUUGCCGUGUGCUAACUUCCAUUUGUUAAUCUGUGUUGCUAUACUCGAAGCAGAGAAGGAGGUCCUCAUCAGCGGAGACUAUGGUUUCACUGAAAUUUUAAAACAUGUGAACGAGCUGUCAAUGCGGAUAGAAGUGAACAAAGUAUUAAGCUCAGCAGAGGGUAUAUACCAUCAGAUCAUAUCCGCCCCCCACCUCACCGACCAGAUCCGAAUAAUACUCGGCCUCACUCCAUUGGGGACGUCGGCCCCCACGGAAGAUGAUGACGCACCUGAAGCUACGGGUACGAACUGUAAAGACAACGAUGCCGCUGCCAAUGUCAGUACCAGUGGAACGGAUAUGGAAGAAGUUAUGUAUCAGAUAGGACUAGAUAUGAAUUUCUAAGCACGGCUGUACUCGAAUAUGAUGGAAUAGAAAUAUCGAUAGUAACACAAACCGUGUGGGCUCUACUCGCCUAGUGGCGCCCUCUGUACAUAAAAUGAACACAUAGACUGGAUGCGAAGUGAUAGUUUUAUAUUUUUAUAUAUAUAUUAUGCACUUUAAGAAGUCGAUUGCAUCCUAUAUGAAAAUCAAUUAUUAUUGUUAACAAUUAUAUUAAAAUAUGACAAUCAUAAAUUGAUUUAUGUGACUGUUUUGACAAGACUACAAUAAUAAUAAUAAUAAAUAAUAAAGAUUCUGCCCGCAUUGUACGCCCCGGUUUCUCUCCCUGGGGCCCUGAACCCCGGCCGACUGUGCUUCUGCCGGAGGUUAGUUGCCAUCUCCUCUCCUUAAGAGGGGAGAUGAGAAUUAUAGUAAAAUUUUUAAUCUUUAUUUACUACUCACAAGGAACUGUUUAGACUGUGACUGUGUGUGACUAAUUAGUAUUUUAAAUUAAAAUUUUAAAAUACUAAGUAGUCUAGACAAUAUUAUAUAAAUAUAAAAGUAAGGGUGACAACCCUACUCAAACCCGCCGAUUUUAUUAUCGUAUUUUUAUUAAUUGGUUAUACAAAGUUAUAACAAAAAUAUAUAUUUUCAUAUAUAUAUAUAUAUACAUACAUAUACAUACUACACUACAUAUCCCACCUUCGUAACUGAAACACAGCCAUGCAAACAACUGCUUCAAGGUAGAAACAUUAAUGGGAUAGAGUUACUCAAGCAAACGAUUUUUGUAUAGUCUCCCUCUGUUUUUUUUGGCAGUAUUUUUACAUGUUUACCAUUGAAAUUUGGUGUCUUGGCAAUAAUAUAAUAUUUAAUAGCAACUAUUUUUCUAUUUAUAUCAUUGAAAAUUACAAUAGCUUUUCACAGUAGGUGAGCUAUUAUCGCUGAUAAAACAUGAAUAGUUCUAUAGCAAACUGACAAGGUCAGCAUCCAUAUAUUAUGGGCGUUGUCCUGUAUCAAUUAUUUUUUCUCAAACAUGCUUGGAAAUGUGAGCAUUAUUUUGACAAUCUUCUUAGAGAUAAAUCAAAAUAGCCAUACUGGCCAGAUACUUGCGGGCAGCGGCCGGCAAAAGUUGUAUGAAAAUCCAUAUCUGUCGUGUUUUGCGGCCAGAUAAACUACUAUGUAAACUCAUAUCUGUCCUGUAAUUUAAAACUGGAAUGUCCUUUUACUUCGAAACAUGGCUACCAAGCAGGUAACUUAUAAAAGGUUUUAUUUAAAUUUCGAACUGGCUUGCAAAUAGAAAGCUGUUUAUUGAAAAAAAAAAACAAAGGAACAUCAUGGCGCUUGAAAAAUUAUUAUUGUUCGUUAUUCGUCAUUGAACUUACAAAGUAAAAUUGUGUUUUUGAUUUCCGCGCAUUGUUUGAGAAAAGUACUUGGCCACCACUAGGCAAUGAUGAACUUACGUAUGUGUACCUCGGCUUCGCCUCGGCCCACAUUUACACGUUCGUCCAUCAAUGCAUCAGUUGCUGGCCGCUGCAGUAAUGUACUAUUAAUCUCACAUCGACUCUAAGAAGAUAGUACAAUAAUGUAUUUAUUAAUACGGUGCUUCUAUAAACCAAUAAGAUUUUUCUAUAGGAUCUAAUCGACUUAAAAAUAUGUUAACAAAAUCAAUAUAUUUUUAAUAUGACAUGUCAAUUUUAGAUAUUAUCAUUUAAUUGUAAGUUCGUAUUAUGGUUUGUGAUUAAGUUGUGUUAUUAUUAUUAAUUUGAUCAUUUGUAUAAUGAUAGUUAUUAAAUUAUAAUUAAAACAACAGAAGAGGCGUUAUUGUUUUAAAUAAUACGAUAUAUUUGAAGUGGACAGUUGUUGUUCAUGAACGUUUGAAGGGAAAAGAACUUUGCUAAUUGGUCGGUUUUUUUAGUUUAAUAAUCUCAUGUACAGAAUGUAUGAAGGAGGAUUGUAGUGAUAUAUUGGUAACUUUCUAUUUAAAGCAAGAAUUUGUUUUCUUUGCACUAUAUGAUAUUCUCUCUAAGAUGCACUAAAAGAUUUUGUUCUAACAAUGUUUAUAUUUUCAUACACCAAAGACAAUAUUUCUUUUUUUUUUUUAUUAUUAUUUUUAUUAAGGAAUUUCGCUACUGACCCUUGGUCACAAUAGAAUAUCAGUGUUUUGCUCUUUUGAGGGCAAAACGAUAAAUUGAACUGUGACCAUUUUGUGUUACUGUGGUACGCACGCAUAAAAAAAUAGAAAAAAAAUUGUUACUUGUAUUUUUAUGCUUUUAUUUUUUUUUGUAUAUGCAUUCUUUUAUCUCUUACUGUGUUGUUAGUAAUGCAAAUCUUUCUAUUUCCAAUAUUAUGAGAGAAUAUCGAAAGAAAAACUUGCCAAUUUAUGAAUUUAGCACAAAUAUUUGUUAUUACAACGAGCAAUGCGUAAUAAGUUUAUUUUAGUGACCUAUUGUAUUGAAAUGAUUGAUUGUAUUGAAAUGACAAAUUUAUCCAUAGUAAGUUUUAUUUUUUGUUAUUAUCAUUGUAUCAGAAUUGGUUAACUAAGAUUAUAUGACAAUUUUAUAAUUAACUAACGUAUGUCUUUUACUGUGCAAUGUGUGGAUUUUUUUUUUAUAUACAACUUAGAAUGGCAAACAAGCUGACGGCCCACCUGAUGGAAAGUGGUAACCGUCGCCUAUAGACAUGAGCAGUUACAUGGACAUAACAGAGUAUACUGUUUCGCCCAUGAUACCCCCCACGCGUUGCCAUUCCUGAGGACUCGGGUGUUAUUCCUCCGUACCCAGUAAAUUCACGCCAUAUACUGCAUGCACGCAUGCAAUACUGCAUAUGGAUACUGCAAUUGUUAUGUAAUAUAUAUUUAUAUAAAUUUGGCCAUGACGUGGUUGGGGGGUCUUGAGUAAGUCAUGUUCACUGAAAUGUCCAGACAGAUGGUGGCGUGGUAGGCUGGGUUUUUUUUAAUGGCUGAUAAUGGAAUGGUAACCCCGCCUGCGUUAUCGCUAUACGCUGUCGGGGCACCAGUGAGGCAUGAAAGCAUGAAAGCAGGUCAGUUAGCCUAUCAUGACGAAUUCCACUAGAAUUAAUCAUGAUGGUUUUCAGGGGGAACCAUGUGGAGGUCGACCUGAUAGGGUGUAUUGCUAGCAAUGAGUCAAUUAGAUUUUAUAGUCAUUACUAACAAUCCCCUUCCCCCCUGGUGCGCUGGGUUAUUGAGUUCCCUAAAAUAUGGUUGAGCGCAAUGAUGGCUGGCUCACCCGUCAUACUCGUGAACGGGUGCUGCCUGAUUGGUCUGCUCUGGUCAUUGCAACCGAUUAUUUUUAUUGUUUUAAUUAUAUAUUAUAUAUGUAUUUUAAAUUUUAUGAUCUGAUACUGCUUACUAGUUUGUAUUCACACAAAUUCAUUACUUACAUAGUUAAAUUUUUUUUUAAAAAAGCAACAUCUGAUUUUCUCGCCCGUUCUUCUAGAAAAAUGACUAUUCAAAAAUGCUUAAAUCUAAGUUUACUCGAAUAAAAUUAUUUCUUUUUCUUUCUUUAAGGAUUUAUAUUAAAUUAUAUAAAUCUAAAUUUUAGGUCACUAAAGUAACCAAUUCUCUUUAUUGUUCCACUAAUUUUUAAGUGUUAUUUUAAACAUAAAUUUCUAUUGUAAACAUAAGCCUCGCGUGUUUUAAUAUUGUGCCUAUACAUUAUUCUUUCAACUGUAUUAAAUUUCUUUGUACCUGCA